AAAAAACACUUUGAAAUUAGAUUUAAUAUCUGAAAAUAUAUUCGCAAUUUAAAAAAUAAGAUUCUUUUUCUAUACAGGCUGAUGAAUUUAACACUUUGCUUUAUCAGAUGAUGCUUGAAGAUAAAAACAAUGAAUUAUUAAAUAAUCCUAAAUUAUACCUUCAUAUAGCGAUGAAGAAAGAGGUUGUCUUCACUGCAUGUGGGUUCUUUAGAUUGGACUACACUUUGGUUCAUUCUAUGAUAGCUGCUACAACAACGUAUCUGGUCAUCCUCAUCCAAUUCGGCCAAAUGAGAAGGACUGUACCAAUUCCGAACCUUCCUGCCUCAAAUACCACAGGGCAAUUCAACGCUUCAAAUUAUUUCCAUCAUUCAUAAUAUAAAAAUCAAAUAUAGAAUGGAACUUAAAAUAACAUUUGUUACAAUGGUGUGUUCUGGUUACUUUAUUUAUAUUUUAUUUGUUCAUGGUACACAUAGCAAGUUUAUUGACGAUAGAAAUAAAU